AUGUCAUCACCAAGCAAGCCAACACAAGGAGAUUCCAAGAGCGUCAUCCCACCAGGUACCACCUUCCGUCACAGAGUCACGUUGCCAACAAGAUGGAGUGAUGAAGACAAUCAAAAAGUAUUGAACAAUGCCAUUUACUUGACCUUGUUCGAGGAGGCAAGAACGGACUACUUUGGACCCAAUACAUUGAAUUUAUUGGAUCCAGAGACAUUGACAUAUCCUUUUGUGUUGUUAAAGUGUGAUUUGAGAUGCAUUGCUCCAGGAAAGGGUUUCAAACAAUGUGAUGUCUACAUCAAGACCUCUCAAGUCGGAACCUCAUCGUUCACACAACUCUAUAGAGUUUCAUGGGAAGGAACUGUUUGGUGUGAAGCUGAAGCAGUCAUUGUUUAUUACAAUUUUGCUAAAAAAACCAAAGAAAAUCUUCCCGAUCAUUGGAGAGAAUCCAUUACCAAAUACGAAAAUUAUCAAUAUCAUCCAGUAGUGAGCUCUGUUCAAACCAACAAACAACUUCCUCUUCGUGUUGGAAUGUAUGCUGAAAUUUCCAAGAAAUACACACACGAACAUGUGAAAAAAUUCGCCGAAUUGAGUGAAGAUUACAAUCCCAUUCAUUUGAAUGCAGAAUUUGCAUCUAAAACUCGAUUCAAGAAACCCAUUGUUCAUGGUCAAUUAUUAACCUCUCUCAUUAGCGGUUUAUUGGGAGCUCAUUUACCAGGAGAUGGAACCAUUUAUAUGGAACAAACAUAUAAAUACAAAUUACCAUUAUUGGUUGGAGAGAGAGUGAAAGCUCGUGUCGAAAUUGAACAUAUUGAUCUUCAGAGAAAGAUCGUGACACUCAAGACGGAUUGUUACAAGUGUGAAGAUUUGUCAAGUGUGGGAGGAUCCUCAAUUACGAGCUCGACAGGAAAGGAAACUCUUAUCAUGCAAGGUCAAGCGAAAGUGAUGGUUCCUGCAGAGGUUUUGGAAGAAGGUCACAAGACAAGCAAGUUGUAA